GCUCGAUUUUUAUGUAUAAUCUGCCCGACUUAGAAAUGAUGGGUAGUUCCUAAUGUUAAACUGAUUAUUGAUUCGCGUUCUUUAAAUUAUCUUUGUAUAAGGUCCUAAAGGUGCGGAUGGUAAGAAAGGAGUCGAAGGUGUACCAGGAAAUGAAGGAGUACCUGGUUCUCAAGGACCUCGAGGUCAACUGGGUGGUAAAGGUGACAAAGGUCAGGCUGGUCAAUCGGGUGAUCGUGGUCCUGAGGGUGUUCCUGGUGAUGCUGGUCCUCCUGCUAGUGCCUCAGGAUUCUAUGUUACUAGACACAGUCAAAGUCAGAAUCCACCACCAUGUCCAUUUGGUUACCAGAAAAUGUGGGAUGGUUACAGUUUGUUAUAUGUACAAGGUAUGGUAUUUUUACAGGUAUUUCAAUGAAACUUUACCAUACAAUUGCAAAGAAUAGUGCGUAUAUGGAGGAAUAACAAUGCUAACAAUAGAGGAAAAAUAAAAUACCAUUUUCAACCUACACAAAAGCGAAAAGUCAUAAUAACUAAUAAAAAUCAAUUAGUAUGUUACAUUUGUAUCCAAAAGAGCUUUGAGAGCACAACUGAUAGGAAUUAUUGAAAUUAAAGUUGAAAGAUUGUUUAAUAUUCUUUGGAUGUGCCAAAACAAAGACAUUUUCAACCUACAACUUUAAUUAAGUUCGAAAAAAGGUUCAUUUUUCUUUAGGUUUUAUUUCCACAUCUUUCACUUAGGUCUCAUUUUUCGUUACAUUUUCUCUUCUUCCUUUUAACUUUCUCAUAGUUUCCCUAUUUGGAUGGCGAAUAUAUUAAAUCAUAAGUCGGACAGUUUAAGUAUUAAUUUUAGUUGAAACAGGGGUAUCUCGAGUGCCGGAAAGGAUUAAUAAUACGUUUUCAGUUCAUCACUCGAGUUAUAUUUAAUUUAGGUAAUGAUAAAUCCCAUGGUCAAGAUCUUGGUCAAGCUGGUUCAUGUCUACGUCAGUUCUCCACCAUGCCGUAUUUAUCCUGUAAUAUUUACCAACGAUGUAACCUCGCCUCAAGAAAUGACUACAGUUAUUGGUUGUCAGCGUCCAGCACAAUACCCAUGAUGCCAGUGGAUAAUGAUGCUGUAGAGCCACAUAUCAGUCGUUGUUCAGUGUGUGAGACACCUGGGCCUGUUAUAGCUGUGCAUAGUCAAGAUCAAUCAUUACCAUCAUGCCCUGCUGGAUGGCAGGGAUUAUGGGAUGGAUACAGUUUCAUUAUGGUAAGUACGGUGUAAGUUUUAGACCUUCGCUUGCAUAAAACAUUGCCUGUUCCCAUGUGAACCUUUAUUGCUUGUAACGAGCUUUUGAAGGUUUCAAGCCAAUCAGUGCGAAGCUAGUUAAAUUAAACCUGAUUGGUUGAUCAGAUUAAGAGCUGCCAAUUGUUCCUUACAGGCAUUAUCUGAUCAAGCAUUAUGAAAUUCGCAAAUUGAAUGUUUUGUAUGAAGAAAAUUCAAAAGAAAUCAAUGUUUAUCGAUUUAUCACAUAAUACGAAUCAUUCUCCUGGUUUGCUGUUUCCUUCACUUUAGCAGUUAAAUCUCUCCUUGUUGUACUGUAUUAUUCAAACGCUAAGAAUUCAUAUUAUUUUUUCACACAGCAUACUGGUGCCGGGGGGAGUGGCAGCGGCCAGAGUUUGUCGUCACCAGGCUCCUGUGUUGAAACAUUCAGGCCCAAUCCGUUCAUUGAAUGCCAUGGUCGUGGGACAUGCCAUUACUACGCCAAUAAAUACAGUUUCUGGAUGGCAACUGUAAAACCUGACGAAAUGUUUAUAUCACAGACUCCUGAAGUUUUAGAUCAAGAAAAAGGACAAGAUUUAAGAUCACGUGUUAGUCGAUGUCGUGUUUGUGUUCGACCCCCCAAGACAAACAGUCGGCAACCGCACCCGGCUUUCUGGCACGACGUCACUAAUCCUAAGACACAGACACAAGGUGCUGCAAAUGCUCAGCCAUUAUUGAGGCAGGCUGGAUUUCAAUAAGACAUUUAAACUAGACAAAGAUAUCGUGAAUUGGACGACUAACACCUAUUUACAGUUUAAACUUUGGUUGAAUGAAAAUAAAUCAACGCUUUUAACUUUACUUUCUGACUGAUAACUGUUUAUAACUACAAGUGAAUAAACAUAAUUAUGUUUCUUUUCACAUUAAUCUCUUUCGAAUAUAAUGCAAAUAUUUCGACUAUCUUGUUCAUUAAACUUUAGUUAUAGUUAGUUUGAAUAUCUUGUUCAACUCCAGUUAUAGCAAUUAAAAAUAAUUGGGAAUAUUUUUCAGAAUCUAAAGCACUAAUAUAUAUGGCAUAUGCUUUCUAGCGACAUUGAGAAAUAUAUUUCACGCAACUGUGAACAAAAACAAGAUUUGUUAAGCUUAUUCAGUAGACAUGUAAUAAUAUGUUUUAGAAUUUUAUGGCAAUUUUCGCCGAAAAUCAUUGAUGUUUAUAUAAAUUUAAAUGAUUAGGACUAUGUAAUCUAGUAGUUUUGUAAUUGAUAAAAUUAAUACCAUAUAUGUAUCUUAUUAAUUGUUUUAUUCAAGAAUAUUGUGUGAUUGGAUAAUUUGAUACUUGUAAUCAAUUUUCAAUAAAUUUAGGUAAAUGCGAAGAA